GAUAGGAACAGAGAGAAACCUCACUUAUUAUUAAACACAUGCUGGAUUCACAUCUGCUGAAGGAAUAUUGUUUUAUUUAUUGUUCUAUUUGAUCAGAACGUCUCUGACAAAGCACACCUGUCAGCGUGCCCAGCACUGGAUUAAUGGGCAUCAGCCUGAAGCAAAGACAGUAAUAGGAUGAAGUUCACAAAGGACGGGCAUAAAUAGAUCCAACCAGGUCAAGAUCACCAGCUCUUUGUUCAUUUCUGUCGGUAAACAGGCAGCUUGCUUCUCCUGCUGUGUGGAAAUCUGAGAAUGAAGCUGCUGCUCAGUUUGGUGCUGAUGGUGGCAAGGACAAGCAUCCUCAGCUCUGCUGCUGCAGACCAGGUGGAAGUUAUCUCAGAGGACACCUUAAAACAGUUGUCAGAAGAUGGUGAGAUGCUGGUGAGCGAGGAGCUGAGGAGAGCUCUGUAUGGGGUGAAGCAGAUGAGGGAGGUGAUGUGGAGGAACGAGCAGAAGCACGAGCACCUCAUGAAAUCUUUAGAGCGCAGCAGCGAUAAGAAGAGGGGGGCUGCGCAGCUGGCGAAGGAAGUGAGCGAGAGGCUGGAGGAGGCAGAGGAGAAGUGCAAAGACUCCCUGCAGUCAGAGUGGGAGGAAUGCAGACCUUGUCUGGAGGACGCAUGCAAAACCUUCUACACCUCCACCUGCCGCAGGGGCUUUGCUUCCUUCAGCUCCAAGGUAGAAAACUUUUUCCAAAGAGUCUCCCAGCGCUUUGGGCCCCGAGAGCCUCCAAUGGCACCAGGGGACAUCCUUGUAAACCAGGAUGAAAGCCUUGAUGACUCGGAGACGGAUGUCGACCAAAUUGAGGAUUCCUUUAACCGGGUGACGAGCAAAGUGGGCUUUCUGGUGAACCGCAGCAUCUCCUUGGCCUCCAAGAUGAGCAACCAGCUCGAUAAAGUCCUCCAGAGAGCCUUCCUGAACAUUACUAAUGUCCUGAUCGAAGAAGCCACCUCUGAGCCCUUCUACCCCGCCAGGGACUCGGGCUUCCUGGAGGGAGUGGGUCUGGAGGAGGUGCUGGAGUCUUUCUUUGACUUUGGGACGAGAGUGGUUGAGGAGUUUGGAGCUGUGGUCACCCAAGUGUUUGAUGACCUCCAUCAGGCAGUAAAGGAGAAGAAACAGAAAGAGAAGGCAACAUUUUCUCACUUCCUGCAGAACAGGAAGUUGUGCAGAGAUCUUCGCAGGCAGACGUCAGAAUGCUGGCAGCUUCAGGAUAAGUGUGAGGCCUGCCAGGGGGCUCUGCUCACAGGUGAAGCGUGCUCUGAUGAAAUCAGAACUUUCUCACCCCGGAGCUCAUCCUGCUCCUUGUUCCUAGAGUGCCCCAGCGUCCGGGAGCUGCAUCUGGAGUUGGAUGAAAUCUCCCAGCUGCUGGAUGUGUCUAAAGAGCAGUAUAACGAGAUCUUGUCCAUCGUCCAGCGCCACACUGAUGAAACUGUCAAGUGGCUGAGCGACAAGGCAGCGGAGUACAGCUGGGUGGCUCAGGCUGUGAGCAACAGCAGCACUCCUCAAAACAUCUUCCACAUCACCACAGUGGCGCCAGGGAGUCGUGAUGAACCGAACAUGUCUGCUACGGAGACCAGAGUGGAGGUGACGGUUCUGAACUCCCCUCCCCUCAUACUCACUCUUCCUGGGGAGCUGGAUCUGCAGGAUCCAGCCUUCAUCCACUACAUCACACAGGAAGCUCUGGAGAAGUACAAGGAGAUGGUCCAGACCGAGGACAACUAAGCUUCAUCUUCUUCAGCACUUUACGUGUGAACAGAACUAGUGUGCAUUUAGUGAAUCGCAUUGUUAAGUCAUUUCACAGUGGUUAGAAAAUGUAGCAAAAAAAAAAAAAAAAAACACUGAACAAGGACAUUAAUUUAAAAUUUAUUUUAUUCUAUUCUGUACAAAAUCAUAUUAGUUACCAUUCUCAGUUCAUUAUUUAUGUCCCCACUAGUUCCAAGUCUCCGUUUCCUGAAACAAACCGCUUAAAAUAGACAGGCAGGGAAAUUUUUUUUACACAUUUUUCUUCCCAUAGUCUUAAUUUUCAGGCUUAGAAAAAGAAAGAAGCGUGAAGAAACUGGAGGUACCUCUGAGAAAUAAUUUUUAAUAUUCUAGUUUCUACAACAGCCCUGCUUUAACCAGUGUGUAUGAUGUGCUUGUGUGGAAGCCUCGUCUACCAGAAGGUUCAUUUUCUUGAUAAACAGAAAAGUAGGAAGAAAAAAAAAGAAAGUAGGAAGAAAAAAAAAAAGAAACUUUUUACUGAUUAAAA